UGGGCACCCCGUGAAGGCGGCGGCAGCGCUAGCAGCAUCGGAGGAUCGUCGUCUCCAGAGGGGGGGACACCUAAACCUGACAAGGGCGGAGAACAGCCGACCCGCGCGGAAAAGAAGCAAAAACACGACGGAAACUGAAGUAAAGGUUCCGUCCAGGGUGCGGAGGAGCCGGGAGGCGGCGGAGCAGCAGGAGGGCGGAGGCGGCGGACGAUGGACACACCGGAGCGGGCCAGCGGAAAUAGUUUUUGUUCGCGGGUUUCGGAGCAGAUGGAGAGCCAGGCCUCUCGCGGUGUUUUUCCACGGAUGAAGAAAAAGGCCCCACUAACGGGCAGGAGGGACCCACUCCGUGUGCUCUCACUUUCCCCCCCGUGUUUCUGAGCCUUUUCCGCGCCCACACAUCGGACGCUACGAGGCUGUCCAGACACCCGGUGUUGGCGGAGAAAGCAGACAGUCCCCCCCCUCGAUCCCCCCACCCCACCCCGACAUCCGUGAUCCAGCAGGCAGCUCCAGACGUGUGGAUCAUCCGGCUGCUCAAGAUCUCGACGCAGGGACAGAAGGGCAGUGGAGCAAUGGUUCAUCCUCCACUGAAUUAACGGACACACUCCUCCUGUUCAUGGGACUGCUGACCUGAUUUUAAAAACUCCACAUACGGUUGUGGAACACUUAAAAGAAACACUACAGACUCAGUUUUUUAUUCUAGUUUAGUUUAUAGCUUAUUUAUGAUCUUUUUUUUAUUUUUUUUAUAACAUCCCAGAGAAGCACUUGAACGCUUCCCCCUUUAACAGAGAGUAAAGGUAUUAGGGAUACAUUUAUGUGAUUAAAAACAAGCAUCGGCUUUUGGUGGAUUAUAGCAGCUCGUUGGAAGUUUUUGGGGUAGAAACCCCGGCAGGACUACCUCUGCACACCUUGUCGUUUUGACAAGGGGCUCGCUGCUGUUUUCCAGCAUCAACAGACUUAGUGCACGAGGCAGUUGUGGCUUCGUGACACUUUGUCCCAGCUGCGUUGGGAGAUGUUCCAAUUCAGCAAGUACCCCAUGGACAUUCUUGAAAUGCUAAGUGGACACCAAGCCCACCAAUUCAAAGGCCUUGGAUUGGAGCGGCAGCUGAGCCACCAACAGCAGGUUCAACUGCAGCAUCAGCAGCAGCUCCAGCAGCAGCACCAGCCCUCCGCUGACACCUCUGGGAGCCUCCUGUCCGGCCUCGGACUGGGGUCCCUCCAGAGUUCGCGGAGCAAUGCCUUUGCUGACUCCUCGUCCCUGUUCGCCAAAAUGAGUGCCCCCCCUACCAUAUCACAUCAGAGCCAGUCCUCGUCCUCUCACAGCUCCAGGAAGUCCAGCAAAAUGAGCAGCAGCAGCAGUGGGAGCUCCUCAUCGGGGUACCCUCAGUUCCUGCGGCCUUUCCACCCGGCCGAGGCGGCGCUGGCUCAGGAGCAGCUCCACACCGGGAUGGGACGUUUUGACUUUGGCGGGAGCGGUGGAGGAGUCGUGACCCCCGCACCGCCACCUCCCCCUCUGCACCCUGGUCUCUCAGUACCCCAGCCCUCCUCUGGUCCCCCCACUUCCUCGCCUUCUUCCUCGACCUCUGCUUCAGUCUCAAACAACCCCUCAGGAAGCACUGCGGUCCCUUUAGUCGGCCAGUCCGACCCCCGCAGCCUCCACCAGCAGUUCAGCUGCAUGCUCGCUGCUAACCAGUACUUCCUGUCCGGUGUUCCCACCAACAGCAGCCUCGAGCAGUUCCUUGUCCAGCAAGGAACUCACAAUCACCUGGGCUUGGGUCUGAGCCAAGGGUCCGCUGAGUCAAACUCCCUGGCCCCUCCCCCUUCCCUCCACUCCUCCCACAGCCACAGCCACACAGCUCCACAGCCUCAGCAGCAGCAACAACAGCUGACCCCUCACGCCUUAUCUCAUCCACACAGCCACACUCACCACCCGCACCCCCUGCACCCUGCCCCACAGCCGGCCCCCCUGGGUGGCUUUGAUUUCCAAGGCAUUCCUGUGCUAUCCUCUAACCAGAUAGCAUCUCUAAUGCAGCAGGAGGCCGGCCUGCCCCUCCCCCUCCCCCUGCACCUGUCCCUCUCUAAAGACGACUCGGCAAAGGUGGGAGACAGCUCGUCCACGUCGACUUCAAGUGGAGGAGGGAGCAGGAGAAAGAAAGCGAUGGCGGGCUACCUUCCCCAGAGAAAAUCAGACAGUAGCAGCCACGGUCACAGCACUCACAGCCACAGCAGCGGCAGUGUUGGAAACUGCCAUAACAGCAGCUCGAGUGGGCACAGUCAGAGCUCCUCGUCGGGCCUGGUGGGAGGAGGAUCUGGGGGCGUUGGGAUAAGUGGCAUCGGAAGUGAGCCACCGCAUUCCUCCCUCCUCUCGUCAUCCUCCCAGCAGUCAUCCUCCACCGUUUCGUCCUCCUCCUCCUCGUCUGCCCCUUCCUCUAACUCCACUUCUGUGCUUGUAGCUAACGGCAACCAACAUAAAUCCCAUGGGAGCCACAGUAACAGUUCAUCUGGCCUGCCCGAGCCAGAACCCCUUUACCACUGUGGCGAGUGUGGGAAAACUUUCACUCACCUCUCGAGCCUCAGAAGGCAUCUCCGCAGCCACGGCCUGACACCGGAAAGCCAAAGCAGGAAGUCGGACUGUAACUCCCCGAGCCCAGAGAGGAUAUUCUGCUGUGGCGAGUGUGGGAAGCGGUUCAAAAAGAGGGGUCACCUGAUCCAGCACAGCGUCACCCACUCAGAAAACCGGCCUUUCGCCUGCAAUAUCUGCCAAAAGUCUUUCAACCGUCGAGAGUCGCUCACUAGACACGAGAAGAUUCACGACGAGAAGCCUUUCCGCUGCCCCGCUUGCGGGCGUUGCUUCCGCGAGAGCACUUCCCUCCUCAACCACGCUGCUUCAGGCGCCUGCGGGAAACCACCCCGGAGCUCAAAAAACCGGGCAAACGCCGGCGGGAGCGGCUCAAACAACCCGAGCAGCAGUAAAAUGAGAAGCAGUGGAGACACGGUAGGCAUUUCAAACAAUAGUGCAGCUUUGGCAAAUGAUAAAUAUGCAACUGAUUAUUCCAGAAAUCGCUACCAGAACCAGUCGCCCUACAGCAGCGGGGUCGACGACUACAGAAGAUCACAACCCUCUUCUCUGUACUCCUCAGAAAGCACGCUAGCCAGUGAAAUGACCAGCCAAACUCUCCGCAAGGCCCCUUUAGCCCCGACUCUCCAUCCCCACCCACAGAACCAGCACCACCACCACCAACAGCAGCCGCCGCCACAGCAGCCUCAUCUACCGCUCUCCUCCCUGCUGGACGAUUCUGAGGACGAGGUCACCAGCAGCGCAAUGUCGGCCAUUGCUGCUGCGGCCGCCGCCUCUUGUGAUAUAAACACAGAAGGCCGGGAAGGAGAAAGGAGGGACAUCAUUGGUGGCCUGUUGGGGGGGUUGGGGUUUGGUAACCUGGGUGGACCGUCGUCCACGUCCAGCCUCAACGGUUCCACCAUGCCUUUGACCCAUCCCAGCCAGCCACACAUGAAACCCAGAAAGCAGAGGAAGCCGAGAGAGAAGAGGGAUCCCAACACUAUUGUGAGGCGGAGGAGGAGUCCCGCGCCGCCGGGGGACGGAUCGGAGAGGCCGUACAGCUGCCAGAUUUGCGGCAAACGCUUCAGGAGGGCGGAGACCUUGCGGCGCCACAACCGCGUCCACACAGGGGAGAAACCUCACUCCUGCGACGUCUGCGGCAAAAUGUUCCGCGAGCCUUUCCACCUCACCAAGCAUCUCACGGUGCACUCGGGUCAAAAGAACUACAAGUGCAAUCUGUGCGGGAAGAUGUUCGCCUACGCUCAGAGCCUGGUGAGACACGGGAAGCUGCACAGACGAGGGGAAAUCGACAACCAGGGGAGGAGGGUUAAAGGUGCGGCUGCUGCUGCUGCUGCUGCUGCCGCCGCCGCUGCCACCAUCAGUCAAGUCCCUAAUUCAGGAAACGCUGAUUACUUCUCAUCAUGCUCCCAAGGAGAGAAGUCUCCAACACAUGGGACCCCCUCUCAGAGGCUUUACACCUGCACAGUGUGCUGGAAAUCAUUCCGCCAUUACUUCCACCUGACGGCACACCAACAGACGGUCCACGGCGGCGGCGUGGGGCUGGAGAAGUCCUUUCGUUGUGAAGUGUGCGGUAAAGCCUUCGCCUACUCCAACAGCUUAGUGCGCCACAAGCUGUCCCAGCACGGCCUCGAUCGCAGCGGCCAGCGAGUCAACCAGUCUCAACCUUCCGGAUACUCGCCGCUCUUCUACGAUUCAGGAUCAGGUCCAAACUACGCCGGGGGGACUCACAUGCAGCAAGGCGCCCCGGGGCCGCAGCAGCAACCGCAGCAGACGCCACAGGUGCAGCACCCUUUUCACUACCGCCCAAAAAACUUCCAAAAGCGACAAGGAGGGACAAGAAAGCACAGAAAGAAAAAAAGGCGAGUGGUGAUCCACAGCAUCAUGAGGGACGGGAAGCUGGUCGGAGUCCCGCUGAGUAAAGACACCCGCAAGAAGCUGCUGAUGCUGAGGAAGAGGCGGGGCAAACUGCAGGCGCAGCUCAACAAGAAGAAGCUGCUGGCCCAGCUGAGGGUGAAAGGCAGCGUCAUGAAGGUGAAGUCGUGGACUGGUGGCGCUGUAACCGUCACCGGGCUCAGCUCGAUGGACAUCCCUAUCAAGCGCUUCCCCUGCCCCAUCUGCCCCAGCGCCAUGUACGCUAAGCAGGGAUCUCUGAUGAUCCAUUACGCCAUCAGGCACCCGCCGAGAAACUCAGGGCGCGGCGCCCGUCUGCGGUGCCAGGUGUGCGGGAGGCGCAACAGCUCACUACACAAAGCCUUGAAACACAGGGGCCAGCAUGUGAAACAAGCUGCAUUCCAGUGCCACAAAUGCCGACACCGUUUCUGGAACCCGGGACUGCUGGCCCGGCACAAGUUCUCCUGCCGGGGGUCGACCAGCGGGAGCGGAAACUGGGAACUGCUGAAGAUGAAAUCUCCGCCGUCUCAGUCAGAGAGUGAACAUUCACCGAUCCAGCUAACGGUUCCAGUUCUGGUUCAGCCUGAGAGAUCAACAGUUCUGACUGAGUACAGUCAGUAAAAAAACAAAAAAAAAACACAAAAAAAACAGUUUUCUAGAAUAGAUUGUUUUUAUGUUUAUUUUUUUUAAAUAAUCCAACAAGCAAACAAGAGCUAGUGAGUUUUUAACAGAACAAGACGGGAGAGCGGGGGAGGGUUUAGUGUAACUACCAUAAUGUCCCCACAACGCUCUCAGGUAAAUCUGUGAACAGUCCGAACGACUACAGCCGAGGUGGUCGAUAAAAAAGAGCGUGGACUUCAAAAGGCCGGAAAUCAACCGCCCUCAUUAUCGACCUUUUUUCCGACCUUUUUUCCUUUCCCGAAGGCGAAGAAAACCUCGACGGCCUGAGAGUUUUUUGGUAGCACCUGUUUGAAGAGGAAAACAUUAAUCCUGUGUCCUUUCCAUUCUAUUUUUUUAUGUUGAAGUUCCCAUUAGCAGUGUUUGUGCAUACAUAUGGUUUCACGCCGAUAGUAGAAGUGAGGUACCUUUUAGUACCCGUUUAUUUUUUCAACUUGUUCUCACAUAAUCCACCGUCGAUCCGUAUAGUCAGUCCGUGUCUCUUUGAUCUGUACGUGUUUAUUUGUUACCCCAGUGGAGAGUCUCUCACUUUUUUAUACACCGAUAAUCUGCCCCCGACGUAAUUUAAAAAAAAGACCUCGAGUCAAUCUGACGUUAUAACCAGUCACGCAGCGGCGACGCUACACUGCUGGCGUGCGUGACUUAAAAAGGACAGAGCGGAGAAGUGUUGUUGAUCUUGUUAUUAGUGUACACUACUUUUUGUCAUUUUUUUUAACGAGUCGUGAACGGAGAGAAAACGCGACUCAAACUGUUAAUGUGUUCAGGAUCUUACAAAGGACGACAGAAAUAACCGAGUGUACAAUUGGUAUUAUAUUUUAUUAUAUAUUUGCUGUUUUUUACUCCAAGUAUCAUUUCUUUUUAUCAUUGUUGGUAUUGUACGGGUGGGAGGGAACGAGUUGGGGACUUUGUAAAACAGCGGGAUGAGUGUAUGUAUCGAUGUGACCCCCCCCCCCCCCGAACCCCUUUCUACCCGCUCCCUCGUUGCCACAGCUAUGCCCAGUUUUUGUAACAAAAGCGUGUACACAUAGUCCCUUACUUAGGUCCUGUCCAGACGUGUUUUUUUUCUUUUUUCUGUAAAACUAAAACAUGUAAUAUUACUAAAUUACUAUCCUUUUCUUUGCCUAAAAGUGAGUUGUUGAAAACCCUCGAAUCAAAUAAAAAAAAAAACUGAAAUGUUACAAUGA